AGCGGUGACUAGACAGGACAGUUGUUAUUUUUGACUUUGCAUUUGCUGUGGAUAAAUGCUUUUUUAACUUUGACGUUCCCGUGGGAUCCCUGAAGUGUUCAGAUAGUCUUACAAGGGGAUGAUCGCUGGGGCGAAUGGAAUGUUGACCCUGAUUGAGAGACAAAUGGAUACUUAGUGAAUUGUAACAACUUUGUGACCAGCAGCGGGUAAUGUCUUAGCGUCGGACUGCUACUCUGAAACUGCUAUUAUUACAGUAAUUAUUGUAUCCUUUAAACAGGAGUGCACUCUCUCCGCGUGCAGUCUAUAGAUUUGGUUCGAGAGAAACGCAAAGAACAUUCUGUGACAUUUACCCAGAUGGUUUCAUCUAGCACGUGAGCGCUGUAUUCCGUGGGUAAGCAUCAUGGUGGUUCCUCAUCUAUCAUCUAUUUGGGAAAUGAUCUGGUUGUGACAGGAGCGUUAUGCAAAAGGGAAUUGGUCAACCUGUGUGGCGGCAGCUCUCCCAGUCCAAAGCAGCACCACUGGAGCGAUACAAGCAUGGCUGUUGCAUCUGCGAGGGAUACAUGUAUCUUUAUGGUGGUCGGAGGCAAACUGGGAUGAAGGAUUUUUGGAGGUACAACGUUGCUCUGAAUGACUGGGAGGAGUUGGACAGGGCAGCUGGAACUGCGCCAGAAGAAUUGGAGGAGCCGUCGUUGGUAGCCCAUGAAGGAAUGAUCUAUGUGUUUGGCGGAAUGGUGGACUCUGCAUAUACUCAAGGGAAAACACCUCUCUGGAUCUACGAUAUUGAUGGUGAGAGAUGGACUUGGUGGCACCAGACAUUUUCAAGUGAAGUCACGAAACAGGUACCCAAAAAUAGGAAGGGACACACUGCUGUGGUGUUUGAGGCACAGAUGUAUGUAUAUGGCGGUUACGUCGAUAUCAAGGGACCCUCACAGGAGUUCUGGAGCUUCAGCUUUGAUGCCAAAGAUUGGUGCCCAGUAUUUACCCCUUGUGGGGAUGUGGGCCCAGGGCCUCGGUACAGUCACUCUGCGGCUGUCUACAGGAGAGGAAUGUACUUGUUUGGUGGAUUGGUUGGCCUUGUCGAACAGAAUGACUUUUGGAAGUGGGACUUCAGCAGCUGCGUAUGGUCUAGGAUCAGAGCACGCUCUGGGCCUCACCAGUUGGUGGGUCAUUCUGCUGUCGUAUACCAGGACAACAUGUUAAUCUUUGGUGGAGGAAGGAACCACAACAGCUCUGACAACAGCCUGUGGAAAUUCCAACUAAAAGCACAGACCUGGGAGAGAUUAAACCCAGCGACAGACACAAACCCGCCUCCGAAAAUCUAUCACUGUACCAUUGGAGUUGGUCCUAGCUUCCAGGAGAAACCUGUUGACGAAAUCUCCUGCACAGCAUCAACACCAAGCUUCAUCUGCCAGGAUAGUAGCAUCAGCCUGCACGAUGCAUGCAAUGGUGAACCCCUAAAAGGGGCCUGCUGCUUGAAUUUUUCCACUCAGGCACCAGGUUACUGCAGCCCAACAGCAAUAAAGCUCAAAGGGAAAAACAUGUAUUCGAACAUUGAGAUGAAAACAUUUAGUAUGCGGUCUUCUGAAAGCAGUGAGAACCUUCUGAGUCUGGCUGCAUCAGAUCCCACUGCUCCCGAGGGUGAAUGGCAAUGGAAUAACGGGCACAGCUUUCCAAUCCAGCCCAAGGAGCUGUCUCCUGCAGAUGGUAGCACUCAGGAGUAUCGCAAUGACAGCACUUCAGAAGAAUCUAGGAUUCCCUGCCUUGACCAAGCCGCUGUGACACUCCACACAAGUGAUAGUCACCCAGAAGUUCUCUUGAUUGUAGGUGGUAAGCCAUUAUCUGAGAAUGGCUGCAUUUCAUUGUGGCAGAUGAAGCUUUGCGAAAUGUUUUUAAAGUGCUAGUUUUUAAAAUGAGAAAACCCUUGAAAGUAGUCUUGUUAUUGUUUUCAUCAAGCGAUUAGCUAUUGUUUUGUUUUAAGGCACACUUGGCCAUCAAGGUGUAACAUUAAGAGUUUUAUUUGUACUUUUUUGCUAUUUUGCUAUUGUGCUAAUAUGCUAAUUCAGAACAAACAUUUUCUAAGGAGCUUUUAUAUUUUUAUAGAUUUUAUAUAAAGUUUGACUCUUGUAAGCUAGAAUGUGCAGACAGACAAAGUUAUGCAUAUUUUUUAUCCAACUUUGUGUUUGUCAGAACAGUUCCUAAUAUGAAUCUGACAAAUAUGCAUAAUGUGCUCAGAAAAACAUAGGUUUUGUCAUUCAACCAGAGUGGAAGAUGCACGCAUUAAAUACUCGCAAUGGUCUUCUAUUUCUACCGACCACCGAUGGUUAGAAUUGGGAAUUCCUGUAGGUUUACAUAAAAAAAACCCAGACUGAUGUUGAAGCUGUGAUAAAGAUUAUAUUUGUGGAAUUAUGUAAGCUGUGUUUGGUUUAAAACAAAAAGCACUUUGCCGAAAGUCGCACUUGUGAAAUAUGGAGAGGUUCUUUGGCAUUUUAAGUAGCACCGCAAAUAGUCAGGGUGGUUAUGGAAGGGCAGCAUAGUUGGGAGCAGGCUUUUUUUAUUCUUGGUUAUUUUUCCAUGUGCUGUGCUUAAUGUCAAGUUCUUUUUUUUUCCCAGGGCUGAUGAACAAUAGAUUUCAUUUUCUCUUGCCUCCAUCUUCAUUUUCUGACAUUACUACUUCUAGUUACAGAUGUCAACUACUUUGCUUCCAGCUCAGCAUUCUUACAAAGCGAUAUCUUGCAUUACCAUUUAUCUUGCCCAUCAGCACAGGAAGAUUCCAAACAUGGUGCAGAUGUUUAACUUGGACAGCCUCACUCCCUUUGGUAGUUAACAAGUAAUCAAAAGUUUCUAAUUUUGAAUUGCUAGCUGUUGUUGGAUGGUCUUAAGUAGGCAGGGCCAGAGUUUGUUGCUCAUUCUUAACUGUCGUGGAGAAUGUAGCAGAGAGCCGCUGUCUUGAACUAGCUGAAGUCCCCAUCCACAGCGCUAUUAGAGAAAAGUCCUAUUAUUAAAUCCUACUGUGCAACAUUGAUUUAACUCUUCAAUCUCCAAAGCAUCCAGUCUAAAUGCUAUGGUAACUGGGCUGCUAAGCUAGGAUGAGCACUCUAUCUAGCAAGAAGAAAUACAAUGAAACCUAAGUUACAGUGGAAACUACUUCAGGAGUGACAAAACCUUUAUUAUCCCACUCUACCUCAACAGAGCUCUAAUGACGAGAGAAAAUAUAGACGAAGAUUCAAAAUGUAAAAGCAAAACAUGCUGAAAAUGCAGGCAGUGUCUGAAAGGAGCAAGCAGGUUAAUUUGUUUUUGCAAGAUCCUUUACCAGAGUUCUGGUGAAUACUCAUAGUGAAAUGUUUAAGACCAGCUUGUAAAAAUCAAGAUAGUGACUUUUAAUGAUCUUCGGUGGUCAAAAUGGAUAAUUGAUUUGGGCUCGAUGACAACAUUACAAUAAAAUAAAGCCAAAAAAAUCACUAAAGAAUUCAAAUCAAUUUAUCUAACAUUUGUUUAUUUCAAAACAUUACAAACUAUAUAUAUUUAUUUCACUCCAUAAUUAUCUAAACGUAUAACUAUCUUAAACAUAUUUUCAGAUUCUCAUUUUCGUUUGUAUUAUACACUUAAUCGAAUCAUUAAUACCACCAGGAUUAUACUUUGGGCUCUGAAAUUUUUGUGCCUUGAUUGCUGAAAAGCUAGAGUCAGUUUUUACACAAGGUCCACGAAAAAUGAUGGGUUUUAGGUCUAAAUUCAAGAGAAUUGACAUGAGUAUCUAGAGUAAUAUGGAUCAUUAGAAGUCUAGUUGGUUUGCUAUUUCUCCUGUUGCCCAUAAGAAUACUUGUUUAGUUAAUAGCAAAUAAUAAAUGUGUAGCAAUGAGUUAAACAGAUGAUACUUGUUAAGUAGCACUGGUUUACAGAGGAAAAACCAAUUGUAUCCUGCAGAUUGCUUUCUGUAAUUUUUUAAACCACUGUGCUGGCAUACUGUGCAUGUGUGUUAGCUUUUGUUGUUGAAACCCUUUACACGUGUCAUUGAAUGCGGUGUGGUUGGCUGUGUUUAGCUGCAGUACUGCAACUGAGGUUAGUGUCUUUGGAAACCGGGCCUCCUCACUAAUGUAGAGUGAAGAUGGGAUGGGGAUCGCACAUAUGGAAAAGAGUCAGGAAAAAUAACCAUUUGCUUUAUUGAGAAGUUUAUUUUAAUCAACAGCUUUGCGAUUGCAGUGGAUCAUUGAGUAUGGGGUGGGUUGAUUAGCAUUGCUGGAUCUCUUUUUAACAAGGAAUAGGAGUAAUCUAAUGACCUUCAAAUAAAUUACAAGAGAUUAUGGGGGUCAGAAUGGGAGAAUGUGUCAAAGAUGCAGCAGUCAUAAAUGGACUCUGAUUAGAAUCGUUCUAAAGGGGCCAGAGGAUUUUUGUCACUUCUAGUUGUUGUUUAUGUAGAGUGGGAUGGACCACAAUCCCAACCAUUGGAUUUUGAGUUGGCAGGUUGGGACAGUAAUAGACUUGUCACCUGCUGCAUUAGACUGGUUGGGUACAUUAUGGUGUGACUGGCAAGUUGUUGCCACGAUGGGCAUUAAAGUUUAUAAACCACCAUUAGAAAUCCCUCCACGUGACAGACUUAACCAAACAAGCCUGAAGACAAACAGAGCUAAAAUCAUCACCUGUAACUCAUUGUCUGGCAUUUUUAAAAUGCAUGUUUCAUUUUUAAAAGUAUUAUUUUGAAUGUGGUAUUAUAAAGACAGUAAAGUUUUUUUUUAAAAAAAUGCUAUAGUGGCAUGGGAGUGAAAGACAACUGGCACCAUACUACAAUUAAUGUAGCAUACAUUAUAAUUAGGUGUUAAAUCACGUGUAUCGUGAUUUUAUUUAUUAUUUAUAGUCAUUUAUUCUUAAAAUCAGUGUUGUUUUCAGUCCAUCAGAAUCCUAUGACCUAUCAGGGUAGUGCAUGUAUCCGGUGUACAUAAUAAUGGCAGCUAUUAAUCACUCCCCAGUCCCAGUACAAGCGGCUAGGACACCACUAUAGCUCUUUGGGUCUGCCAGUGCUUCUUAAUUCUGUAAUCGACAUGGCAGGGCUGGAAGGGCCAGCAGGAAUGGUGCGAGACGCAGACCAUAACUCAGUGUUGUAGUUUAUUGUAAAUAAACCAACUGAGUCACUUUCUCACCAGCCCCGUAAUGGCGUGGCGGGGAGACCUUUUGUGAGUGCACACGGUGAAUUCUUUGUCUCGAGUCUCAUUGCACCAACCGCUGGAACUAAGCUUUUUAAUCAUUCAAGUGCCCCUGGCUAAUCUUGUAAAUCCAUUUAAAAUCAAAACAUGAACAAAAACAAAGUUGCUGGAAAAGCUCAGCAGGUCUGGCAGCAUCUGAGGAAAAAAAAAUCAGAGUUAACAUUUCGGGUCUGGUUGACCCUUCCUCAGAACUGGGUUAACGCAACAUUAACUCUGAUAUUUUUCUUCACAUAUGCUGCCAGACCUGCUGAGCUUUUCCAGCAACUUUGUUUUUGUUCCUGAUUUACAGCAUCCACAGUUCUCUCGGUUUUUAAAAUCAAAACAUUGUUGGCAUUUGUACCCCUUUUGUUUUAACAAAAACACUGGUCAUCAAUCACUUAGUAACUUGUCUCACCCCAAAGGAGUGAAGAAAUCUGCUGUAGGAAGUAGCCUUAAACCAUUACUAAACGUUGGGAGUCCUCAUCACAACCAGAAAGUUAGCACUUUUUGAAAGACCUCUGUGCAUGUGUGGUUGGGAGGAGGGGUGGUGGACAGUAUGCAAAGGUGUUGAUAGGAACCCAAGAAUGUAGGAACAGAAGUAAGCCAUUCAGCCCCUCAAGCCUGUUCUGACAUUUAAUAUAGUCAUGGCUAAUCUGUGACCUAACUCCAUAUACUUGCCUUUGACCCCCUACGUCCCUUUAUACCUUAGCUUAACAAAAAUUUGUUUAUCUCUGAUUUAAAAUUAACAAUUGAUCCAGCAUCCACUGCUAUUUGGGGAAGAGAGUUCCAAACCUCUACCACCGUUUGUGUGUAGAAGGGCUUCUUGACAUCUCUCCUGAACGGUCUAGCCCUAUUUCUCAGACUAGGCCCCCAAUCUGUAGAAUCCCCAACCAAUGGAAAUAAUUAAUCUUUAUCUACCUUGUCUUUUCUUGUUAAUAUUUUGAAGACUUUGAUCAGAUCACCUUGUAGAUUCUAGAGAAAGCUGGCCUAAUUUGUAUAAUCUCCCUCAAACUUAACCCCUGAAGUCCUGGCAUCAUUCUUGUAAGUCUAUGUGUACUCCCUCCAAGGUCAAUACAUCCUUCCUGAGGUGUGGUGUCCAGAUCUGCUCAGAGUAAUGAUAAACAAUGUGAAGUGAGUAGUGCGGAGUUGGGACAUGAGUGGAGUUAAUGACAGAGUUUGUUUAACUGGAAUUGGUCACAUCAGCUGGGAUAUUACUGUUAUUAAUGAUGUGGUGCCUGAGGUAUUAUCAAAGUUUAGUUAUGUGGAGUCAGAGAUAUAACUGUGCCUAGUGAUAGGGUUUCAUCGGUAUUAAUGAUAUAGCGUUCUGGGGUGUUACUACAGGGUUUUGUGGAGUCAAGUAUUACUGAGAAUAGUGACUGGAUGCCUGGGAUAUUAAUGAUAUGGAUUCUGGAGAAUUACUGGAGGUGCCAGAGAUCAUAGGCUAUUAUGGUGGAUUACAGACAUGGAGUCUGAAUUAUUACUAAUGAUUGUGGUUAUAAAAUAUGGGCUAUUAGAAAUAGAAUUUAAGUUGCAAGUUACAUAGAUAACAUUUCUCAUGUUUAAAUCGAAUGUAUUUAUCCAUCUCAAGUGCCUGAAAAACUAGAGAUGGAUGAACUGAAUGGGCUGUUUCCAGUGUUCAGCCAAGAUAUUAGUUUAUAGGCCAGGUGAUGUAAAAGUGACAAAGACAUAAAGUUAGUUGCACUAUUAACUUUAAAAUCUCAUUGAACUGAGGUUUCUUUUAUACUUUUAGCCUGGUUCAAAUGUGAUUUCUGCUUUGAAGCAAUUACCCUAUUUAUAAUCUAUUACAAUAUAUACACCAGUAUUUAAAUAAUCACAGUGCAAUAUUAGGCUUGUUUGCCAUAUUACCUUUGCUUAAACUCUGCAGUCUCCUGCUAUGCUAACCAUACCUGACAGAAUUCAGGGUAUGCUGCCAGUGCAUCAUUCAUUCCACUCAUGGGGUCUGACUGCCAGGCAGGUAAAUUAAAUAACUUCACAGUAGAGCCCCCACCGUAUGUGUGCUGGCUCUCUGAAAGAGUUAUCAAUUUCACAUUUUACCUCAUUGGCUUGCAAACCUUUCCUUUUAUUGAGCUUUUAUUGGAAAAGAUGGCUGCAGACUGUCAUAAAUGUUAUUGUGUGAAAUCAUUGCUAAGUAUGGAUGAGAAAAAAAGUCUUGUCUCCUUACUGUACUGCUGCAUAAUCCAGGAGUUUGGAUUGUGACCCUUUUUGCGUACUUACAUAGUUUUUAUACAAGGCUCAUGUCAGGCUGGAGUUUUCAUCCAACGCACUGACCGUGUGUUACAGUCUGCUGCUGCCACUGGGAAUCCUUGAGCGCUGUCUCCAGGAUUUUAGGGUGAGAUAGUAUUUGCAUCUAUGUCUGUGGCACUAACCCAGGAACCAUAAUUUCUUUGCCAUGUGGCAAAGGGAGAAAAGAGAAUUUGAAUGAACAAGCCUCUGGUAGCGUGAGAAUGUUUAGACUGAUUAGCACCAGAAACAUCACUGGUGUAGUUUAUAAUCAGUGUUCUAGGCUAAGCCUAUUGCAUUUUUCAAAAAAAUUCAUUCAUGGGACAUGCAUAUCACUAGGUCAGUGCUUAUUCUCAGCCUUAAAGUGCAAUAUAAAUUUUGUACAGGCUAUUUAACAUGCACAAUGAUACUGGUUCUUGUAAUGUAUUGUUGAAUAAUCCUUCUCUGCCCAUUAGUUUUACACAAAAGACAAAGUCCAGUUGAUUUAGGUUUAACUAGCUAUAAAAACUUACUUCUCAAAUUUGUGAUGCCUCAUGUCAAAAAAAAAUCUGCAAUACAUGAGCAUUCAAUACUAGAAUUAAAACAACAAAAGUGUGUGUGUGUGUGUUUACUUUAGAUGUGUAUCAUGCAAACCAUUUACCAAAUAGUCAGAAAACAAAAUAAAUGUAGUGAUAAAAACAGCUGUUGCAGGCAGAUGUGAGUUUGGUGAACGUAAAACAUUCUCAUACUGAAGCAGUGGGUUUGAAGGUUUAUGAUAGAAUGCUGUGUUUGUGUUUUACAUCUUUAUCCACUUGUGGAAUAUUUAUCAUUACUAAUCAGGCACUGUCAUAUUGCAAAUAAAUUUAAUGUUUACAAUUAAA